UUUUAGAGUUGAGUUGUUUCUAAGAUGGCGACGAAAAAAACGCGUCUUAUGUGAAAUGCAAAUGCAAUCAUAACAACUUCAGUUUUAUGCUAAUAAAUGUGCCCUGACUUGAAACAAAACUAUUGAAAAAGAGUGCUGAGCAAGUGUAUUAAAUUUUACAUGUGAAAGUUUGGUGCGAAACUGUAGUGAAAAUGGCCACAAAUAUGUAUCGAGUCGGAGACUACGUGUACGUUGAGACAACGCCGAAUAGUCCCUACCUGAUACGUCGCAUCGAGGAGCUGAACAAGAACCAAACCGGCAAUGUGGAGGCGAAGGUCAUGUGCUUUUACCGGCGUCGUGAUCUGCCCAACCCACUGGUGCAGCUGGCCGACAAGCAUCAACUGGCCACAGCCGAGGACUCACCGCUGGCGACCAAGCUGAAGAAGACCUGGCUCCGCACACCCGUGGGCGAGGAGCAGGCCGCACAGGCUGUGCUCGAUCCCUCAAUAGCUGCCUUGGAUGAGGAGCGUACAAGUCCGACGCAAGCGUCUGGCGGCGGCAGUGGAAGUGGCAGCACAUCUGCAAACAGCAACAAUGCCGGCAGCACCACCAGCAACACCAACACCAACAGCAACAACAAUAAUAAUAAUAACAACAGCAGCAGCAGUGGCAGCGGCGGCAGUGGAGGUGAUGCGGAAAAAGGCGAGGCACUAACCAGCAAACAACGCUACCAGAUAAAGCACCGCGAGCUGUUCCUCUCACGCCAAGUCGAAUCGAUACCCGCCACACAGAUACGAGGCAAGUGCUCCGUGACGCUGCUCAACGAAACGGAGUCCCUGCAGAGUUAUCUCAAUAAAGACGACACAUUCUUCUAUUGUCUGGUCUUUGAUCCCAAUCAGAAAACACUACUCGCCGACAAGGGCGAGAUACGUGUCGGCAGUCGCUAUCAGUGUGAUAUUCCCGCCAAGCUAAAAGACACCGUCACGGACGAGCGCAAGCUGGAGGAGCUCGAGUCGCUGGUAUGGACGCCGGAGCAUACACUGACAGAUCGCAAGAUCGAUCAGUUCCUUGUCGUUUCGCGCUCCAUUGGCACCUUUGCACGCGCCCUCGACUGCAGCAGUUCUGUGAAGCAGCCCUCGUUGCAUAUGUCGGCAGCGGCAGCCAGUCGGGACAUCACAUUGUUUCACGCCAUGAACAUUCUGCACAAGCACGACUAUUCGAUUGAGGAGGCCAUGUCCUCGCUAGUUCCUUCCACUGGACCGGUGCUCUGUCGCGAUGAAAUCGAAGACUGGAGCGCCUCGGAGGCAAAUCUCUUCGAGGAAGCGCUGGACAAAUAUGGCAAAGACUUUAAUGACAUUCGACAAGAUUUCCUGCCUUGGAAAACGCUGAAGCAAAUCAUCGAGUACUACUACAUGUGGAAGACCACCGAUCGUUAUGUGCAGCAGAAGCGUGUGAAGGCUGUCGAGGCGGAGCUGAAGCUCAAGCAGGUCUACAUACCGCAAUACAAUAAUAAUGGUGGCAAGGGUGGCGGCAAUGGCGCCUCUGUCAAGGCGGGUGGUGGGGGCAUUUACAAUGGCACCACCAACGGGGGCACCGAUCUCUCAAGCAACGGCAAACCCUGCGAAUCAUGCGGAACAACUAAAUCAUCACAGUGGAAUUCAUUUAGCACUGGUCACAUUACGAGUCGUCUCUGCCAAAGCUGUUGGGAGUACUGGCGGCGUUAUGGCAGUAUGAAGUCAGCGAAUAAGGGCGAUGCCAGCGGCGAUAGUGAUGCAAAGAAGAAGGCCUCGGCAGCGACGACUCCCACUGCUACUGCUGCCGCUUCGGCAACAACACCCACAGCAGUAGUCGACCUCAACGAUGAUGAGAAAAUUAGUGAUCUAACCAAUCGUCAGUUGCAUCGAUGUUCAAUUGUCAAUUGCGGCAAGGAGUUCAAGCUGAAGACCCACCUGGCACGUCAUUAUGCGCAAGCCCACGGCAUUGCCAUCAGCUCUGGCUCACCGCGGCCCAUCAUGAAGACGCGCACUGCCUUUUACUUACACACCAAUCCCAUGACGCGUGUGGCGCGCGUUAUCUGCCGCAGCAUUGUCAAACCGAAGAAAGCGGCGCGACAAAGCGCCUACGCCAUCAAUGGGCUGCUGGUUAAGCAAGAAUUUACGAAUCGUAUUAGCGGCAAAUCACAGGCGGAGAUCAAGAAGUUGCUAUUGCUCAAGCCCAAGGAUCGUGGCAGUGUCACUAAAAUUGCCAAUCGACUGGGUGCGCCUGGCAGCGGCCCACACGAGUGGCUGGUGCUGACGCCCAAGGAUAAAAUGCCGCUGCCCGCUGUCGUCUCAUUCCCCAAGCCGCCCAAAGCAGCGGAUGGCAGUUUAGUCUACGAUCGUGUGCCCAACAAAUCACCCGAUAUUGUGGCCGUACCAGCGGAGAAAGAACUAACUAUAAUUCCAACGCAAGCAACAUCAACGAUACGAAAGCGUGCGCAUGAGGACCAGCAGCUAAAUGGCACUGAAGUAACUAUAGUGCCCAGUGGACCGCCUGCAAAGAGGCCAAACAAAGAUCCUAUGCCCUCGCAUUGUCCCAGUCCCGAACAGUUUGCGGCCAUGAUGGCAGCAUCGGGACAACCGCUCUCCAGGCAUCAUCUCAAUGGCAAACAGAAGAUUGCGCAAAUGGCACGUGGCGGCAAUGGACGCAAGCAAGUCAUCAGUUGGAUGGAUGCGCCUGACGAUGUUUACUUUAGGGCCAACGACACACACAAAAAAGCGCGAAAAAUACUCUCUGCCGUGGAUCUACGCCGUGCGGCGCGCAAACCAUGGCGCACACUGCCCAUUAAGCCUCUGGCUACCGAGCCAAGUAGCAGGCCCAUUGAAUCACAAAUCGUCAUACUGGACUGACCGUCGCCGGCACAUACAACAGGAGCAUCAUCAGCAGCAGUAGCAGCAGCGGCAACCAAGUUGUUAUCGUCUUCAGCAAACAGCAGAUACGAGCAACAUCCUCCAUUUCCAUAUACCAUGGAUGCAUUGCUUAACUAGUGACCAUUCUCCGAUUUAACUGGCUUGCCAUGUACAUACAACAUACAACAUAUAUACACAAAACACCCCACGCCCCCGACCCCCGCAUGCAUACGAUAGUACAGACAGACAGACAUCCCGCAUUCAAGUAAGGAUCAGGCAGAAGUUACAGCAUUCAUCCCUGUAUGACUUGGGAUUGGUAUUGGUAGCGAAACCGAUAACAAAAACCACUUUAUUAGCGCUUAAAUAGAUGUCUUUUUAAAAAACAAAAACAAAUAGUAAGAUAGUAAGUGUUAAGGUCUGUAAUAGCAGUAAACCAGGACAGAACGCGAACAAGGAUAAACAAAACAAAAAAACCAUAACAAAAAUAUUUAUAAAUAUUUUAUAUAUUUUUAAAUUUAAAAAUCUCAGCAUACCGAAUACCGCAAUAUACACCACACACACAAACCAACCAACUCAAAAGAUUGUCCUUGUUUAGUAAUGACAGCGUGUGUUCCUCUUUCUUAAAGGAAUCAAUCCCUUGCAUGGUUUCAUUCUUGAAUAUAUGUCUAUAUGCAUGUGCAUGUGUGUAUAUGUCAUGUAUGCAAGGUCCCGCUACAUUUAUAUGUAUGUUUUUUCGGUCAAAACGCGCUUGGAAUUUCCACUCUUUACACCUAACAAACCCAAUCUUCCCUCCCCCCUAGCUAAGAACCAGAUACGUAAAUGAAAUUGAAAGGCCUACCCGUAAUUUUAAAAAUAUUUUUCAGUCCAAAUUUGAGUACGGGAAUUGUUUUGAAUGCUUUAAAAUUGAAGAAUGGGAAGAAACCUUGUUAAAAUUUUAGUGUGACAGUGACAAAAAUGCUACAAAACAUAUUGAUUUAUGCUGUAACUAAACAACGGAAUACUUGAGUAACAAUUGUACAGAAAAAGAGUUUAACGAUAAAAUUCGAAUAACA